CACACCUCGCGCCCGGCAGCAUGGCGGACACAGCGUCCCAACCCAGCAAGAGAAAGCGCGAACUGGACGCCGAGGAGGCCGAGGCGCCCAGCACUGAGGAAAAGGAAGCAGGCGUUGGGAAUGGUACCUCUGCCUCUGUGCGCCUACCUUUCUCCGGCUUUAGAGUGAAAAAAGUGCUGAGGGAGUCUGCGCGGGACAAAAUCAUUUUCCUACACGGGAAGGUGAAUGAGGCUUCUGGGGAUGGCGAUGGAGAGGAUGCCAUUGUGAUCCUGGAGAAGACGCCGUUUCAGGUGGACCAGGUGGCCCAGGUCCUGACUGGCAGCCCUGAGCUCCAGCUGCAGUUCUCCAAUGAUAUCUACAGCACCUAUCACCUGUUCCCUCCAAGACAGCUGAGUGAUGUGAAGACGACCGUGGUUUACCCUGCCACAGAGGCGCACCUGCAGAAAUACCUGCACCAGGACCUCCACCUGGUCCGGGAGACUGGAAGCGACUACAGGAACAUCACCUUGCCCCACCUGGAGUCCCAGAGCCUCAGCCUCCAGUGGGUGUAUAAUAUUCUCGACAAGAAGGCUGAAGCCGACCGGAUUGUUUUUGAGAACCCAGAUCCCUCUGAUGGCUUUGUCCUCAUCCCCGACCUCAAGUGGAACCAACAGCAGCUCGAUGACCUGUACCUGAUCGCCAUUUGCCAUCGCCGGGGCAUCAAGUCGCUUCGGGACCUCACUCCAGAGCACCUGCCACUGCUCAGGAACAUCCUCUGGGAGGGGCAGGAGGCCAUCCUGCAGCGCUACCAGGUGAGGGCUGACCGCCUCCGUGUGUUCCUGCACUACCUGCCCUCCUACUACCACCUGCACGUGCACUUCACCGCGCUGGGCUUCGAGGCCCCCGGCGCGGGGGUGGAGCGCGCCCACCUGCUGGCCGAGGUGAUCGAGAACCUGGAACACGACCCUGAGCACUACCAGCGGCGCACCCUCACCUUUGCCCUCAGGGCCGAUGACCCCCUGCUCACGCUCUUGCAGGAGGCCCAGAAAAGCUGAUUCCCCCGCCCCGGGCCGUCUGGAGAAAAACACUGAUGUGGGCGGGGGGUGGGAUUUUUAGCACCAAGUGAAUUUUUUUUAAAAGUGUAUUUUGUACUGGGUUCUUACCAGCAUGAGAAUAAAGUGUCGGUCUCA